ACUGCUUCUUGGUUUCAUUGAUCAAAUGGAACUCGAAAUCCACCCAACUGAAAUGAGUCAAGGGGAGGAGGCUCUUCAGCGCCUUACAUCGACCGUCGUUGAGAAAAUCGGUGUAGGUGCCCAGAAAACUGAAUUCUUCUUCUCUUCAGCUUGCAUUUAUAGGGUGCCCGAAAAGCUUCGUAAGUUGAAGGAAAGCACCUACACCCCUCACCUCAUCGCUAUUGGCCCUCUUCACCAAAAUGACGAACACCUCCAAACACCCUUGCAACACGUCAAAAUGAGCUACACGAAAUUCCUACUCCAUCGGCUGACUGCAGGAAUGGAGGGCCUGGAAUUAGCAGAGCGGACAAAGUUCGUACUACAGAAAUGUUUAGCAGAAAUAAAGACAUUGAUAGACGAUGCAAAGAAAUGCUACGCAGCAGAAGUCACAGUACUGAAUAUUGAGGAAAUGUUGUUGGUCGAUGGUUGUUUCAUCCUUGAAUUUCUCUACAGAUCACGAUCACUCGAACUUAAGAAAAUUGCCGAAAAGGAAGGAAAGAAGCCUAUUGAUGGAGGAGACAAUAGCAACUCAAAGAGACGAGAGACGACGGAUCCUAUUUUUGGUAACCUUCUGACUCUCUACCACGUGAAAAACGACCUGAUACUCCUCGAGAAUCAGAUUCCUUUCUUUGUGCUCGAGAAAUUGUUCUCGCUCACGGUGGGUCAAAUUCCGAAUCGUCCCGACAAGAACUGGUCGCUCACCGAUUAUGUGGGGUCGUGCUAUGCCUACAAGAAGAUGAGUAGUCCAGUAGGAAAAUCCGCCAACGCGAAAACUCGGUGUUCGCCCAGUGACUGUGUCCUUGGGGUUUUGGGCUCUACAACAACAGCAGCAGCAGGUUCAACAGCAGCAGCAGCAGCAAGAGUUCAAAGUGGUAAAAAUAUUGAUCACUACCGUAGUACUGCCAAGCACUACCAUCAUAUCCUCCAUAACCUACACGACGGUUACCUUCGUGUUUUGCCAUCAGGAUACGGAAAAUUAAUCAGUGAUGAAGAAGUACUCAUGCCUUCGGCAUUAGAUCUCAACUAUAGAGGAGUCCAGUUUGUUGCCGAUGCAUCAGGAAACCAUGGGUUCAAGUUCACCGAACCCAAAGGCCUAUUUUCGAUGUGGCGUAGGGCUUGUUUCGAAGUCCCACCGCUCUCAAUAUUGGACGACACGGAGUUGUACCUCAGGAACCUCAUUACCUUCGAACAGUGCUGCCCUGGAGUUUCGCCGGACGUUACGUCCUAUGCAUACAUCAUGUCCAUGCUCGUGAACACGGAUAAAGAUGUCCAAGCGCUCGAACAGGCCAGAGUCGUGAUUAACUACUUGGGUGCUAGAAAGGACGCCACUAAUCUAUUGACCUCGCUGUGCAAGGAAACUGCACUUGGAGAGUUAAUUUUCGCCGAUACGUGCAUCAAAGCCACCCGGUAUAGCAAUCGCCGUUGGGCAAAGAAUAUGGCGGCAUGCAGGUAUUUCGUUGCUCCGUGGACGUUCAGAGCUUUCGUUACCGGCUUCAUUUCUUUUGCCAUGUAUGUUUUUUAUUUCGUCCGCAAAUUCCUCAAGAAGGAAAAGUGGUGUAGGUGGAAGUAGUAUUGUGCAUCUACAAGUAGUGUGUUCGUGUGAUGUAUUGAGAGAACACAUGUGAUGUAUUGAGAGAGAGAGAGAGAGAGAGAGAGAGAGCUGUGGGAUCCCCUUUGGGUGUUUCCAUUCCUCCCCUAUUGUUUGUGUGUGUGAUCAUCAGAUGUGUGUGUUGUAUUAGUAUUUAUUUUUAUUUUUUUUAAUAAUUUAAUUUGUCUGUGUCUUGUAUUUUGGAAGAAGUGGUAAUAAUAUGAGUGUUGU